AUGAAUAUUUCAUUCGUAUCCCUGGAAAAAAUCGCCAAUAAAGAAAAAGGCGAAAGACAACAAAAAGCAACUAUCCUGCUAGAAAAAUAUAGAAAGGCAAGUUUAAAAUCUUUAAGAAUUUGGUGGUGUGACAAAGAUCUAGAAGGUUUCUGUCAUUCAAGCCUAGAAGAAGCUGACCUAACAUUGGCCUCACAGGACACAGACAAUAUAAAAGGUGCUCGGCCUGAUUAUAAUUCGGCGAGAAGAUGGAAAAAUAAGUAUGGAUCAACUAGAACUUCAAUUCACCUUCAUGGUUCAAUGUUUAUAGUGGGAAAUUCUGAAAACGUUAAUGGUAGAAAUUUUAAUUUAUCCGAAAAAAGUGCGCCAAAAAGAAAAAAAAUGAUAAUCAUGGAAUGGUAUAUAUACAUGGAUGAACAUAUCAAGCAAAACUAUCCUAAAAAACGAACAAGGAUUGAAGAAUAUUUUUCUGUGCAUGACGUCGUUUCUCAGUUUUCGAAUGAUUUAUCUGAUGUACUAUCAUCCGCCAUGCCAAAAGUAAUGCGUAAAGAGCCAGAACCUUGUGAAAACGAAGAAGAUAACAUAAAUGAUUUUGAUCAAGAGGUUGUAUGUAGCGCUUCAUUUUACAGUUUGCUUCGUUAUAAUAUAAUUGAUACUAUCGAAUCAUCAUCAACAAAUUCGCGAAAUCUUUUCAAAGAUAUUUGGGACAAAAUGGUUGAUGAAAUCGAAGCCAUGUUGCUACCGACUGCAGAGCCGACAAUUUCAAGUAAUGUGAAAGAUGGGCAAGUCGAAGAAGUAAAAACUUACGUCAAAACUGUUGUGGCGAAUAAUUCUUAUGAUAAACUACGUAAGGCAUUAAAGUCUGGACGUUCUAAUUUGAGAACUGGCAGUAAUGAACAAUGGAAGCGAAGAAUCUUGACAAUUGCAAAAGCUUUUCGCGAUCAGUUUCAAAAUUGCAAGAAUGCUUUUAAUGAUGAUCAAACUGAAUACCAUUACAUAAUAACUUUUAUAUAUCAGAUUUUUAAACCUUUAUUCAAAAAUUUUCAACAUAUAGGUUUGACUUGGGGUGAAAAAUCAUUGCGGUGUUCAGCAAUAUUAUUCAAUAAUUCGCAACAAGACAGUGGCCGACGUAAUCCUGGAUGUAAAAUUGACGCUAUCAUGAAGUUAUUGGAAGUGAACCUUGAGGUUUCAGUUGUGGAAGUUUCUGGGUCUCCAAAAGAUCCUGAUCACAACCACUACAUUGGUGAUCGUAACAAGAUCGCAAAAUCUUUGAAAAUUAUUUUAAAUUUUAUUAGAAUGAAUCACCGUGGAGAUUUUCAACGAUUUCGCAAAAUAAAAUUUUAUGGAAUACACAAUAAGUUAUAUUUAGAAUUAGGGGAAUUCUUGUCAAUACCAUUUUCCGGUGUAUAUUACUUUAAGCGAGAACUUGUUUUUGAAUGUCCAACGAUUACAUUCCUUACAUUUAGAACCUUACCAAAAUCCAUGUCAAAUUUAUGGAGAAUGCGUGCGAUGAUUUCUUCAAGCGCUGAAGCCAUUAUUUCAUAUAUAGAAAAUGCUGAUGAAUCAGAUUAUGAUAACGAACUCGAUCCG